GGGAAGCUUUUCACAAAAAAAUAAUCCACUUUGCAUUUUGAAAAGAUUAUCGGGUUUAAUUUGUGAACAACAUCCGAACGUUAUGGUGCCAGUUUUGAAGGUAGCAUUUCCUCAAUAUGAACGCUUCACUCCUUGACACUUAUGGAUAAUCUCUAAAAUGUGGGAUUAUUCAUACAAAAUUAAAUGAAUGCCACAAGAAAGGUGGAUGUAAUGACACUAUGUCUUGCAAUUCGGUGGAUUUUACUUUUUGAUAAUUUCCUUUGAAAGGGGCAACACUUCUUAAGAUGAAGUUGUAUUUCCUUGCCUUUGUUCCGCAUGAUGUGUUUUACUAAUUUGGAGCUGCAAAGCCCCACGCAGCUUUGACUCCCGUGAACGCAGCAGUGGGAAACGAGGACAUGGGACCCUGAAAGUAUGGCGGAUGCCGAGGAGCCGGAGAAGAAAAGAAGGCGAAUAGAGGACCUGACUGAGAAAAUGGCAGUUGACAGUGGACACAGAGGUGGCGGGUGCGACUGGGAUGGUCGCUGGAAUCACGUGCAGAAGUUCCUGGAGAGGCCGGGCCCUUUCACCCAUCCUGACUUCGAGCCGAGCACAGAGUCUCUCCAAUUUCUGUUGGAAACGUGUAAGAUUCUGGUCAUCGGUGCUGGAGGACUGGGAUGUGAACUCCUUAAAAAUCUGGCCUUGUCAGGGUUUCGCCUCAUUCAUGUGGUUGACAUGGACACUAUUGAUGUGUCCAACCUCAACAGACAGUUUCUGUUCAGGCCCAAAGAUGUUGGAAGACCAAAGGCAGAAGUGGCUGCUGACUUCAUCAAUAGUCGUGUCCCAGGAUGCAAAGUAGUCCCUCACUUUAAAAAAAUCCAAGACUUCGAUGACUCGUUUUACAGACAGUUCCACAUCAUUGUGUGUGGACUGGACUCCAUCAUUGCCAGGCGCUGGAUGAACGGGAUGCUGAUUUCCCUCCUGAGCUAUGAGGAUGGCAUCCUGGAUCCCAGUUCGAUCAUUCCCCUUAUUGAUGGAGGGACAGAGGGCUUUAAAGGAAACGCUCGUGUCAUUUUGCCCGGCAUGACGGCAUGUAUUGACUGCACGUUGGAGCUGUACCCACCCCAGAUAAAUUUCCCCAUGUGCACCAUCGCAUCCAUGCCGAGGCUGCCAGAACACUGCAUUGAGUAUGCUAGAAUCUUGCAGUGGCCCAAAGAGAAGCCAUAUGGAGAAACGAGUUUAGACGGAGACAAUCCGGAACACAUCCAGUGGGUGUUUGAAAGAUCCCAAGAACGAGCAGCAGAGUUUAACAUCACAGGAGUCACAUACAGACUAACUCAAGGAGUUGUGAAGAGGAUCAUUCCCGCUGUGGCAUCAACCAAUGCUGUCAUUGCUGCUGCCUGCGCCACAGAGGUUUUUAAAAUCGCUACAAGUGCGUAUAUUCCUUUGAAUAAUUACCUCGUCUUCAAUGACGUGGACGGACUGUACACCUACACAUUUGAAGCCGAGAGAAAGGAAAAUUGCUCAGCGUGCAGCCAAAUACCGCAGGACCUCCAGUUCCCUCCAUCUGCCAAAUUACAGGAGGUUUUAGAGUACCUGACGGAGAAUUCCUCCCUCCAAAUGAAAUCUCCAGCUAUCACCACAACACUGGAAGGAAAGAAUAAAACGCUCUAUCUACAGUCUGUGAAGUCCAUCGAAGAACGCACCAGGCCAAACCUCUGCAAGACUUUAAAAGAGCUGGGCUUGUCGGAUGGCCAGGAAAUAGCUGUAGCCGACGUCACCACGCCUCAGACAGUUCUCUUCAAGCUCAAUUUCACCGCCUGAACGUCAAACAAACGGCACUGACGCACCUGAACGCAAACUGGACGUCUGAUCGCAAAGUUACUGUGAUGGAAUUAUGGUGUAAAUAGAUGUGGAAGCUCUCAGUUGUGAGAUUGGAAGCUAUAAUGAAUAUGGAGUCCUUUAACAACAACGGAGUACUUGUUUUUUCUAGCAGUAGCAUUAUUUGUUUGUGCAUUUGUCCCAUGCUGACUUCUACUUGUAUUGUACUCAUUUACCCCUCAGUUGAGAAGAAUUAUGUGCACUUGACUAUAAUAAAGUUUUAUUAUCAUGAGGGAGUGAUUCGCUGUAGUUUAAUUUAGAAGCAACAAUGCAGUUUUAUGUUUUUUUAAGUGUUUCAUGAGUAAGCAGACCCACAGCAGAGGAAGGCUUUAGAUGGAUUGCAUUGUGCUCCCAUGACAUGAGCUGAAUGUUAAUGUGUGCUUGCAAAGAGUAAUAAUAUGACCCAUUGAUGGUGUCAUUGAUGGAAGACCAGAAGUUGGCAAUUGGAACACACUAAAUCCCCAAGAUUUAUUUCUGAACACUUUAUUCAGCUCAUAUGGUGUCAGAUAUCUUCCUGCUUAAUGUGACAAUUCAUGAAGUUAAUUAAAUUGUUUUAGAUUACAUCCAAAUACAGCUGUUAGCUGCUGGUAAGUCAAUAGUUUUGGCGUAAAUGGUUGAUGGGUUUUAAGUCUAUAUACAUGCAAUCAGUGCGAUUGAAAAAUGAAAUAAAGGAAACAAAUUGUUAGUGUUUUGUGACCGAUUGUUAUUACUAUUAUAACAUAUGUAAGACAUCCCCUGUGGCCUUUGGAGAUGCUUUAUAAUAGAACUUUUUCUAA